GAUUUAGUCUGUGGAGUGUGAUAUUUAUUUUGAUAAUUCGUCUUAUUUUAUGUGUUAUUUUCUAAUUUAUAUUAGUAUUACAUUAUAAGACAGUGCUUAUUUGUUAUAGAGUUAAUUUAGCUUGUAUUCUCCGUCGAAAAUAACAAUGAUCGCUAGGCCGUGGACGGACGAUUUGCCAAAAUGUCGGAACACCUGCGUCGCCUCGUAUUUCUCUCCUUUAGACGGGACGAACAGUGCUAAUGACGACUAUCUGUGCUUUUACUGCCAGACAGAAGAUAAUGCUUGUCUAUAUGGUGUGUUUGAACCUCAUAAUGGGCUGGAGGCAGCCAGGUUUAUCAUGCAGAGGAUGGCGGCUGAGCUACUCUUUCCUCCACCUUCCAUUAAUAACACAGAUGAAGAGGUUAGAGAGAGAUUGAGAAAUGCAUUUAUCUCUGUAGAGAAGGCAUACAUAGAGAACUAUGACGGCAUGAUAGCUGAGAGGACGAGCCUGCAGUACAGGUUGCAACUGCUAAACACACAUACUGCACAGAUGAACCCAAACUGCGACAACAUUCUCCAACGGCUCAAAGAAAUCGACCAACACUUGUCCGGCGGCGCCACCGUGGUCAUAGCGUUGGUCCACAACAACAAGCUGUACGUAGCCAACGUUGGCGAGACGCGCGCACUGCUGUGCCGCACAGACGACAACGCGGUACUGAGAGUUGUGCAGUUGACGGUGGACCACAGCUUGAACAAUGAGGAUGAACUGCUGAGACUGUCCCAACUCGGGUUGGAUGUGAACAAACUUAGGAACGCUCAGUACCUCGGCAACCAGACUGGCACGCGGUGCCUCGGCAACCACCUGGUCAAAGGCCUGUACAAGGCCUUCCCGUCCAUCAGCGCGGCCUCCUCCGAGCCCGUGGUGGCGGCGCCCGAGAUACACGGCCCCAUCGCCUUGGACGAGUCCUGCAGAUUCCUAGUCCUAGUCAGCGCAGGCGUCUACAAAAGGAUACAAGAAGUGAAAGGCAGCAGCGAACAGACAAACAAACAACUAUCCCAAAUCAUAGUAGAGAGCUUCAGGAAACAGUCAGACUUCAAGCGAGUCAGCCAAAUAGCUUUGGACGAGAUCGAGCAAGAAUUCCUUACAUACUGCGUUAGAAAUAGUUUAACCCCAAAACCAAACACCCAUGUUACCUUAUUAAUACGUAAUUUCAAUUUCCUACCCCCCAUACCCCAAAAUGAUUCUAGUGCGAUUCAAAAGCAGAAUGCAGUACGAUUCAAUCCGAUAGUUCAAUCUAAAUCGAAUACGUUAAUCAAUGAAAUUGAUUCUGAUGUGUAUUCAUCGGGCAAUGAUUUGGAGAAUGAAUCCAAUAUUGACACAAAUCGAUCUAUCGAGUCAUCGAGUGAUAUCUAUCCGAGUAGACCGUAUGAUAAGGAUAGACGGAUUAAGGGUUAUGUGGAUUUUUCUUGUUAUUAUGAGAAUGUUGCUAAGGCCAGGAAAAAUCGAACGCUGCCUAGUUUUAUUAAAUAAUUAAAUAUCUUAAUUAUGCAAUGAAAUCAAUUCUGAUGUGUAUUCAUCGGGCAACAAUUUGGAGAAUGAUUCAAAUGUUGAUACUAAUCAAUCUAUCAAAUCAUCAAGAGUAAUUAUAUAUUAUUUACCUAUUUAGUUUGGUUUAACAAAAUCCCUGCUAAGUUUCAGUACCUACUCGAAAGAAAUUCAGAUUAUUAUACCUACUUUUGAAGAUUAAACUAUACUAAUAGCAUUAACAACUGAGUCUUAGGGCCAUAAAUCAUUUCUCUAUAUCUAUCUCGCUUGCACUUAUGGGUCUUAUGGAGCCGUCUAGUGAAGGGUGUAACAAUGAAAGACAUAUUAUCGAUAAGUAAAGUUUAUUAUCGUAUCUUGUUCACAAAAUUAAAAAAAUUAACAAUAUUUGAUUUAAUAUAAUACAUAUUUCAUAUUAUAUAAUUAUUAACUAAAUAAAAUUAAUCUUCAUCUGAGUCUUCAUCAUCAGAAUCUUCGUCUUCUGCCAAAUUUAUUAUAUAUUAGUAUCCAUAGUGCGCAACGAGUAACACAUGAAUGUAUUUAUUUAAUUGCAGUAAACACAUUUAUAGCAAAAAAAAUACGCAAUGCAAUUACAUUAGAAACCGACCAAUCAGAAUCGUCCAAAUCAUUAUUGACUCAUCAUUAGCACGUGCGCAGGUAGCCGUUUAUCGAUAAUUAGGGUGCGCAGGUAGGCGCGCUGCACAUUCCUAUCUUUUUUGACUUUUAUGACCGGACGACUCAGAUGAUAAUGCGCAUACUAUAAGAAAAACGUUUGUGUAGUCAACAUUUAUUUUGCCAAAGUAUUUCAACACUUUUAAUUAAUGAAAAGUAAUGCAUUGUCUUGUUAAUUAAAUUAUUAUUGUCUGUAAGUAUUUGUGAUAUGGACAGUUUUAUUAAAAUAAAUAUUUACGAAAUCA